AUGUACUCCAUCCAUUCUCUUGCCCACCGGGCUCCUGCAUCUCGCACUCGGGUCAGGUGGCAACCUUAUGGCACCCUUCCUCCUUCUGGCUCUACUUCUGUUUCUACUCCCUCCUCAGCCAAAUCUCCCUCUUCAACCUGCUCUGUUUCUCCUUUUUCUUCUGCGACUUCUUCACCAAUAUCUGCUUCGCAAUGCGAUUCGGAGCCGCCCAAACAACACACGCAAUCAAUACCACAGCCACCUAGAGACGCCCAACCCCGCGACAAGAAUAAGUUCGCUUUAGGCCUUGUCGAUCAAGCAGUAAAAUCUUUAUGCGAAAUAUGGCGUCCUCAGGACAUCCCUCCAGUUUUCCUUACCACUUCCCGUGCUGCCGUUCCCGCAACGGGUCCACCAAUCAAUCAGUCAAUCUCGAAGAGAAAUUGUCAUAUUCAAUCCCAACCCGUUCAAACCCCACCUCCAUCUUUAUUUGCCACAGGUAUCCAUACCGAAUGCGAGUCCCUUCCCGGCACCAGCAAUCUCGUGCCCAUGAAGGGCUUUGUCCACGAAGUCCUUCGACGUUCCAGAACUUCUGGGAGUGUUCUUCAAACGGCGCUUUGUUAUCUGGAAGCCAUUCGGCCCCGAAUUUCGGAAAUAGCUCAAUCGGGCGACUCCUUCAAGGGCGAAACGGAAUUGGCUGACCGGAUUACUGUAGCUUCCGAAGACGAACUCGCGCGCGAAGCCGAGCUUUGCAUUGGAACGGACACUAUACUUAUAAAUGAAUCAGAUGAUUCAAUGGACACCAUCCGAAUUACAGAUUCCUAUUCUGGCUCUACCGCUGUAUCCAGUGGAAUCAUGGAAGAUGCCGAAUCCACUCUCAAAAAGAGCAAAGGACCAUUUUCAGCGCUUGUGCCCCUCCCCCAUCUUCCUUCACCACUACUGUGCCCACGUCGAGCUUUCUUAGCAUCACUUAUCCUUGCGUCGAAGUUCACGCAAGAUAAGUGUUACUCUAAUAGAGCGUGGGCCAAGCUAUCUGGCCUUCCACCGAGAGAAAUCGGUCGUUGCGAGCGUGCUCUCGGUGAUGCGUUAGAUUGGCGUCUCUGGGUGGGCAAAUCAUCCCCACAACCUCAAGCUACGCCUAUCACAUCUCCGCCGAGUUCGUCGAACUCGCGCCCGUUGGCUCGUAGUCGAAGCGAAAGUUUGAUCCCCUGCAACCCCCCAGAUUCAGGAGGAUUCCUUUCUGGCUCUGAUAAGAGACCUAUCUCUCCUAUCACGAGCACUUCUGGUCGUCCCCGAGAAUCGAAUAAUGCUGAAUCCAGUCGCAGCAUUGGUUUGCGUCGAGCUGUUACAUUGCCUGCUGAAGCAUUUGCUUUUAAUGACGAUAGUAAUAGGCAGUUUACGGUUUCUCGUGAUCGUGCCGUCGCUCAAUGGAUACACCAUGACAAAUCCAACAACGAUCAGGUCGUUGAUAUGGACAUGUAUUCGCCAAAUACUACAGUCAGUGUCGAACUUGAUGUGCAACUUGCGCACCCUUCGAACGCCGAUCUAUAUAUUUCUAGUACCAGUCCUCCGACUCCUGGGCUUACCUACUCACCAACCUCGACAGAGUCCUCGUCUGGUGAUCGGACGGUGCAAAUGCCUUGCUUUUUCGACGAAAAAAGCAUAGCUACAAUGGAUGGGUAUACUGCUAUGGCUGCUCUGUCUGGGAAUCCCUCAGAGACCUGGUCCUGGCUGGAUCACUCUUUGACUAGUCUGGAUCUUGGUCUGGUGGGGCAUACCAUUAAUUCUAAACAACCUUCUCAUUGUGCCCCUUCCCCCGUCUUCGCUGCGGAUGCAACAUUUGAUUUCGAGAAAGCGAAGCCAAUGCCCAAGUUUCCCGUUGAUUCUUUUCCACCUUUCAUGUCGAGCGAGGUUUUGCUUCGCGACAUGUAUCAAGUGGAAUAG